CAUGUUKAAAUUUUCCAGCCUCGCUCCAGUGUAUACUUCACGCAUGUGCAGYAGCGGUUCUUCCUCUUUCUUCGCCGCCAUUUUGUCAUCAGUAAGAGAAGAUGUCACAAUCGGUGCAGGUUUUUGGUCGUAAGAAAACUGCUACUGCUGUAGCUUUCUGUAAACGAGGCAAUGGUUUGAUCAAAGUCAACGGUGUUCCUCUACAUCUUGUGGAACCAGCUACUCUGAGAUACAAGGUCGAAGAACCUAUUCUCCUUCUCGGAAAGGAACGCUUUGAGGGGGUUGAUAUCAGAGUCCGAGUAAAGGGAGGUGGACACACAUCUAGAAUCUAUGCUAUCCGYCAAGCCAUCUCCAAAUCUCUUGUGGCCUACUACCAAAAAUGUAAGUCUAGAUUCUCUCAAUUUGACCCUCGUCGCACAGAGGCCAAGAAAUUUGGUGGACCUGGUGCCCGUUCUCGCUACCAGAAAUCAUACCGUUAGGGAUUAUUACUGCAUUGUCUUUUAUUUGGCAAAAUAAAAUACUAAUGUAAAAUGUA